AUGGUAAAAAGUUGGGAGAAAAGAGAAGAAAACAUUACCUUAGCCAUCGACAGAGACAAAGAGAGCCAGAACGCGCUUAAAUGGGCAGUCGAUAACCUUCUUACUCGAGGCCAAACUCUUACUCUUCUUCAUAUUAAAGUAAAACAACCACCUUCUCUUCCCUAUUCCGGAUCUAACCCGAAUAAGCCAGGCGAUGACUCGACAGAAUUGUUUCUUCCAUUCCGUUGCUACUGUGCUAGAAAAGACAUCAAUUGCCAAGAUGUGACUAUAGAGGACUUCAGUGCGGCUAAAGGAAUAAUUGACUAUGUGCAACAUAAUGCAGUCGAGAGUCUAGUACUUGGUGCAUCGAAGAUGACUCUUUUAAGGUUUAAAGCAACGGAUGUUUCAAACACCGUCAUGAAAAAAGCACCGAGUUUCUGUACUGUAUAUGCAAUCACUAGGGGGAAAAUAUCUUCCAUGAGAUCAGCUACAAGUUCACCACCUAAUUCCACUAUGCGGCACGCCCAGCCGAGCAAUUCUAAUGUUGAAUGGAGGCAACACACAAUGCAAAGAACACAAGAUGAGAUCGCAUUCAAGUCUCCUUUUUCAAGAAGAGGACAUGAAGGUACAUACACGCCCUCGGUGACAGACUCCGAUAUAUCAUUUGUGAGUAGCGGAAGACACAGCGUGGAUCGGAUGUUUCCUUCCUUUUAUGACAUGGAUGUUCCGCGGCUCUCUGUCAGCUCUGAGUAUGAAGCAAAUCGAUGCAGUUUUGCUACAUCAUCCUCACCAGAUAAGCAGUCCAUAGAUCUCGGCUCCUCCUAUACAGCAUUCUCUUCAAGUUCACUUGAAAGUGGAAGAACAUCAUGCUCACUACAGAGCCAAGAUGAGGUUGAAGCCGAGAUGAGAAAGCUGAAAAUGGAGCUAAAGCAUACAAUGGAAAUGUAUAACAGUGCCUGUAAGGAAGCAAUCGCUGCAAAGAAAAUGGCUGCUGAGUUACGCAAAUGGAAAGCAGAAACGGAACAUCAAUUAGAAGAGGUAAGACAUUCCAAAGAAGCAGCAAUGGCAACGGCGGAAAAUGAGAAAGAAAAGAGCAGAGUAGCCAUAGAAGCGGCAAUGGCAGCUCAGAGAAUAGCAGAACUUGAAUCUCAAAAGAGAAAACAUAUUGAAACCGCAGAGGAAAAGAAGAGGGCGGUGAAUUCUUUAGCGCAAACGUGUUCAAGGUACAGACACUACAAAAUUGAAGAGAUCGAAGAAGCCACAGAAGAUUUCGCGCCUAGUCGCAAGAUUGGAGAAGGAGGCUAUGGACCUGUUUACAAGGGAAUACUAGAUUAUACACCAGUGGCAAUAAAAGUUCUAAGACCAGACGCUGCACAAGGAAGGUCUCAAUUCCAGCGAGAGGUUGAAGUACUAACCUCUAUGAGACACCCAAACAUGGUUCUCUUGCUUGGAGCUUGUUCGGAAUACGGAUGUUUAGUCUAUGAACACAUGUCCAAUGGUAGCUUAGAAGACCUUCUCUUCAGACGAGGAAACUCUCCAAUCCUUUCUUGGCGGCUAAGAUUUCGCAUAGCAGCCGAAAUCGCAACCGGUCUUCAUUUCCUCCACCAGAUGAAACCAGAGCCUUUGGUUCACCGUGACCUUAAACCAGGAAACAUUUUACUUGACCAUCAUUUCAAGAGCAAGAUUUCCGAUGUCGGCUUGGCCAGACUCGUCCCUCCAUCGGUUGCUGACACUGUAACACAAUAUAGAAUGACGGCAACCGCUGGAACAUUCUGUUACAUUGAUCCAGAAUACCAGCAGACCGGUAUGCUGGGGACUAAAUCAGACAUUUACUCGUUCGGUAUUAUGUUAUUGCAAAUACUUACAGCUAAGCCACCAAUGGGUUUGACUCAUCAUGUCGAGAAAGCAAUCGAAAAGGGAACUUUCGCCGAGAUAUUAGACCCUGUUGUGCAUGACUGGCCAGUCGAAGAGGCCUUGGUUGCAGCCAAAAUUGGUCUACAAUGUUCAGAAUUAAGACGCAAAGACAGACCUGACUUGGGGAAUGUUGUUCUGCCUGAGCUUAACAGACUCAGGGAUCUAGCCGAAGAAAGCCUUAACUUUGGCGUUUCACCGAAUAGGAGCUCGAAUAAUAGCCACAUCCAAACCCCGGUGUCCACGACUUCGAUAAAUGAAGUUAUGAGUGAUCCACAGCUAAAAUAUGGAUCUAAUAGCUCAAGUAACCAAAACAGUUCUGCAUCUUGA